UUCCCGACCCAAGGCGGUGAGGUGUUCGCAGAUUCCCAGCCCUCUUGCCGAAGGACUCUUAUCCUUCCCUACCAGAGCAGCCUCGGAGGGAAUGGCUGCUGUGUCUCCACCUACCAGAUGUCAGGCAUCGGUGACAUUUGAAGAUGUGGCGGUGACUUUCACAGAUGACGAGUGGAAGCGUCUGGUACCCGUGCAGAGGGCGCUCUACAAGGCUGUGAUGCUAGAGAACUAUGAGAGCAUCAUCUCACUGGGGCUUCCCGUUCCUCAACCUGAUGUGAUUCUUCAGUUCAAGAGAAGGGGCGAGCCCUGGAUGCGGGGUCUCCAUGGAUCUGAGGAGAAAGUAUGGCCAGAGAGUGCCUCUCUAGACUUGGAAACUAAGCCUGAGAUCCUAGAUGCUUCAGAAGGCACACUGAGAGAAAUCUGCAGAAGGCAAAGUUCUCUACGUCCUAAACGUGAAAUCCAAACACUAACAGGUGGGUUGGAACCAGAGAAGGAAAGUCCCAAAGCAAAGACUUGCAAGAAGCCCCUUUCCUUGGAUAAAAGCUUGCAGCUAAGGUCAGCUCCACCCAAGAAAACCCUCGCUAAACACCAAGACCAGGAAUGUAGUGAGUGUGGGAAGACCUUCUUUGACCAUUCGUCCCUCAUCCGCCACCAGAGGACUCACACUGGAGAGAAGCCAUAUGACUGUCCCGAAUGUGGGAAGGCCUUCAGCCACAGGAGCAGUCUCAGUAGACAUCUGAUGUUCCACACCGGAGAGAGCCCCUACGAGUGUGGUGCGUGUGGCAAGGCCUUCUUUGACCGUUCAUCCCUAACUGUGCAUCAGCGGAUCCACACAGGGGAGAAGCCAUUUAAAUGCAAUGAGUGUGGCAAAGCCUUCUUUGACCGUUCAUCCCUUACUCGCCACCAGAGGAUCCAUACCGGAGAGAGUCCCUAUGAAUGCCAGCAGUGUGGAAAAGCCUUCAGCCAGAAGAGCAUUCUCACCCGUCACCUGCUGAUCCACACUGGCAGGAAGCCCUACGAAUGUAGUGACUGUGGGAAAGCAUUCUACGGUGUCACCUCCCUAAACAGACACCAAAAAGUGCACACUGGGGAACCCCGCUAUCAGUGUGGCGAGUGUGGCAAAGCUUUCUUUGACCGCUCUUCUCUUACACAGCACCAGAAGAUACACACUGGAGACAAGCCAUAUGAGUGCAGCGAGUGUGGGAAAGCCUUCAGCCAGCGGUGCCGGCUCACAAGACAUCAGAGAGUUCAUACAGGGGAGAAACCCUUUGAGUGUAGUGUGUGUGGCAAAGAGUUCAGCUCCAAGUCCUCAGUUAUUCAGCAUCAGAGGCACCAUACCGGAAAGAAACCUUGGCAAUGUGAUGAGUGCAGGAAAGCGUUCAAUUACUACUCAGCCUUCGUCCUGCAUCAGAGAACUCACACAGGAGAAAAGCCCUAUGAGUGUAAUGAGUGUGGGAAGGCCUUCAGCCAGAGCAUACACCUUACCCUACAUCAGAGGAUUCAUACUGGAGAGAAGCCCUAUGAGUGUCUCGAGUGUGGGAAGGCCUUCAGCCACCGCUCAGCCCUGAUUCGGCAUCACAUAAUCCACACUGGAGAGAAACCCUAUGAGUGUAACAAGUGUGGCAAGGCCUUUAAUCAGAGCUCCUACCUCACCCAGCAUCAGCGAAUUCAUACAGGAGAGAAGCCCUAUGAGUGUCUCGAGUGUGGGAAGGCCUUCAGCCAAAGCACAUUCCUCACCCAGCAUCAGGUCAUUCACACUGGAGAGAAACCCUACAAGUGUAACGAAUGCCGCAGAGCUUUCAGUGACCGUUCUGGCCUCAUUCAGCACCAGAGAACUCACACCAGGGAGAGGCCUUAUGAGUGUAAUGAAUGUGGGAAAGCCUUCGGCUACUGCUCAGCCCUGGCGCAGCACCAGAGAACUCACACUGGGGAGAAGCCCUAUAAAUGUGGUGACUGUGCCAAAGCCUUCAGUGACCGCUCAGCCCUUAUUCGGCAUCAGAGAACACACACUGGAGAGAAGCCUUACAAAUGCAAGGACUGUGAAAAAGCUUUCAGCCAGAGCUCAUCUCUUACAAAACACCAGAAAACUCACACUGGAGAAAAACCCUAUAAGUGUAAAGAAUGUGGAAAAGCUUUUAGCCAGAGUUCAUCUCUUUCUCAACAUCAGAAAACUCAUGCUGGGGUGGGGAAAGCAAGGCAUAUGGACAAGCCUUUAGCAAGUAUUCAGUCUAUGGCCAACAGAAGAGAAUCCACACUGGAUAAGUGUAAUACAUUCCAAGGGUAGUUUUGGUUGGUUGGUUGGUUGGUUUUGAGAAUUUAUCAUAGGUUAUGAGGGCUAAAAAGAAAUUUAAGACUGUUAUCUUAAUAGUUAUUGAAAUAACUGUUGAUGUGGGACAUAACUCACUAGACUGUGAAAGGUUUUAUAUUUUAAAAAUAUUUCCUAAGUGGAAAACAGAAAUUCGCUCCCAACAUCUUUAUGUGUAUGAACACUGCCAAAUGUGUGAGAGAGUAGGGUACACAUUGUGGAAAGAAGGACUGUAUACUUGCGGUAUGUAGUCCCUUCAUGAUGAGGAGAUAAAUUCUAAGGAAAUAAUGUAAAUGGCCAUUUUAGGAAUAGCUAGAAAAGACUGAGAAGUCGCAAUGAGUUUGCCCAGGGUCAGAAAUGGUAGAACAGCUGUCCUUCUGCCUUAAGCCCAAGAGCACAGAGGAAGCAGACAGAAAGGAUGGGAAAGAGCGGAGGUGUGACCCCAGGAAGUGUUGGUUGCAGUAACUGAGUAUUGACAGCCAGAAAAAAAACAGGAGACUUGACGGCUGUUGUGUUGACAAGCUCAUGUGAGGGUUGCUUUGCCCUAAACUGAGCAAUACCAGCAUGGGGGCCUGCUUCUGCACGUCUUGUCUUUCUAUCUUGCUUAGUAAGAUGGGAAUCAUUUUAAUCCCAAGGCUGAAGACUUACAGCUUAGUCAGUUUACAAAAGAGGCCUUUGAAAUGUUAAGUAUGUUUUAAACUGUCUGAGUUACCGGAAAUAUUGAUUUAUAAAGAUUUACCUC